CGGCCUUUCUUCGAAGCUCCAGUGUUAUCCCGAGGUUCGUUCCUCUUAUUCCGUCCUUUGGUGGGGACGGAAGAUCAAUUCGCUUCAUCCCAAAGGUGACUCUCACUACCUACAAGGGCCACGAAUAGCGGGAUAGCACCAGGCCUUCCGCCACCAAGAACUAAUCGCUACGACAUCCCAAAUCAUGUCUUUGAGGAGGAUCCGCGUCCACGCAGUAUGGUGCCUCCUGAUCUACCUAUAGACCAUCAUCGUUCCCACGUUUCAAUUGCUACGUCGGAGGAAGACCGCGACCGAAGCUCUUCUCCGCCACCUUAUAUGUCCCCUGGCACUGCGCCGAGCCCCAGGAUGGUAGCACUUGAGGACCCCGGAACCCGACCUGAAAUUCUGGGGCCCAGGAGUUUCAAGCAAGAAAUCAACGGUGUUGAGACCUCAAAAGAGCAAACCUUACCGUCCCAAUCUCGGCUCGAGAUUUCUUCCAACACACCGACAACAUGCAUUCCUGCACCGUCACUACAACACCCUCCCUGGUUGCUGGGCCUUCUUUUGGAACUCUCGGAAGUUGACAGUCGUAAUCUCGUCGGGAAAAUAACUCAACAUGAAGUUUUGAAGGGCCAUGGUAGCUUUGGAAAGGUUUAUCAAGGAGUUUAUAAAGGGGAAAUUGUAUGUGUCAAAGUCCUGAAAGAAGUCCGAACUUCUGCGAGCGAGGGGGUUAUCACAAAGUUUUGUCGGAGGAUGAUGCGUGAGGUCAAAGUCUGGUCAACGUUACGACACUCGAAUGUUGUCACGUUUCAUGGAUGGACAGUUGGGUGCUCUCCAGAAACCGAUGUAACGUGUGCCAAACUUAUUUCGGCGUGGUGUGAGGGUGGGAAUGUGGGGGAGUACUUGAGGAAAACUCCGAAUGCUGACCGUCGUCGAUUGGGGAGUUCUCGGUGCGGCUAGAGGCCUGCAAUAUCUUCAUCUCAAGGAUGUGAUUCAUGGUGACAUUAAGCCGGAAAAUAUCGUCGUCAGUGCAGAAGGAAUCGCCAUGCUCUGUGA